GGAUGUAGAUGCCAUUAACCGCAUCUCAGCCGCUUCUCCGGAUUCUUGCUGAAGAGGAAGCGAUCCGCGCGACUCCAGAGGAAACGCGCUCUCUCGUUGUGCGCGUGCGAGCGUCGCUUCAAACAAUAGAAGGUGAAGGUUUAUCAGUGCAGAGAUGUCUAGUAGUGUGAUCCGCGGCCCUGCUGGAAACAACGACUGCCGCAUCUAUGUGGGCAAUCUGCCGCCUGAUAUCCGCAACAAAGAUGUCGAAGAUGUGUUUUAUAAGUACGGAGCCAUUCGAGACAUAGAUCUGAAAAACCGACGAGGCGGACCUCCAUUCGCCUUUGUCGAGUUUGAAGACCCGAGAGAUGCAGAAGAUGCUGUUUAUGCACGUGAUGGCUAUGACUAUGAUGGCUAUCGUCUCCGAGUGGAGUUUCCCAGGAGCGGGAGAGGAGGUUUUGGAGGCGGAGGAGGUGGCGGCGGCGGAGGAGGUGGUGGUGGCGGAGGCGGUGGGGCUCCUAGGGGUAGAUAUGGACCCCCAUCCAGACGUUCAGAGUACAGGGUAAUCGUUUCAGGGCUUCCACCAAGCGGGAGCUGGCAGGAUCUGAAGGAUCACAUGCGUGAAGCAGGUGAUGUAUGUUACGCUGACGUUUUCCGAGAUGGAACUGGUGUGGUGGAGUUUGUUCGCAAAGAAGACAUGACCUACGCCGUUCGCAAACUGGAUAACACAAAAUUCCGGUCCCAUGAGGGAGAAACUGCGUACAUCCGUGUGAAGGUGGAUGGUCCCCGCAGUCCGAGCUAUGGAAGAUCAAGGUCAAGGAGCCGCAGUCGCAGCAGGAGUCGCAGCCGUAGCAACAACCGUAGCCGAAGCUUCUCCCCACGCCGCAGUCGAGGAUCCCCGCAGUACUCUCCUCGCCAUAGCCGUUCCCGCUCUCGCUCCUAAACGAGCCCUUGAACCAGUUGUUUUUAGUCUUUAUACAAACCCCAUGUUUUAAUUCCACCCUUCUUGUUUCAUGAGACCAUGAUCAUCUUAUGCCUUUCUGUCCUUUUAUUUUUUCUCUCCCUCUAUUGGUUAUUUUUAAACAUGCAUUUUUAACAGGACCCAUCUUUUUUCUUUUAUUAACUACAAAGUGGAAGUCUUUUUCGUAGACCAAACAAAGGGUUAUGUAAUGGCUCCCAAUAUUUUUGUAAAUGCCAUGUAUGAAAGUUAUUCAUGGGAUAGUGAAUAGUUCCACAAUUGUUUUAUGCUGUCUUCCUCUAGACGUGAUACAGAACUGAUGCUUUGUAAUAAAGGAUUACUAAAUCUAUACUGUUGCGUAAAAGGGUGAAUUUGAACUCUAGAACAAACUUCUACUCCAAAAAAAAGAAAAGAAAAAAAAAGACUUAUUGGCCCUUUGGCCAUUAUUUGGGUAACUGAACCAAUUUUAGAUCACUUUCAAAUCAGGUGGUAUGUUUAGUUGCAUUGUAAAGAUGUACUGGUCAAAUAUCUAGUUGGGUUUUUGUGCCCAAAGACAGAUGGCAGCUUUCAUGUUUUCAUUAAAAUGUUUGAUUCAGUCUUAUAGUGUUAGGUUAUUAGUUUUGAUAGUCUGUCUUAGCACCUAAUGCUGUAUGCAUGCAUCAAAGAAGGCAGGGUGAGUGGAUUUGAUUCUAACUCUUUGCCUCCUUUGUUUUGAUUUAGCUGGUAUCUUAAGGUUUGGAUUGGAGGAGAGGCUCAGUGGAUGCCGGAUCACUGGGAUCAGUACAUAAUGAAGAUAGGAUAGGGAAUGCUGGAUACAUGGAACAGGAUCAAUUGCUCCCAGGAUCAUAGGAUUUUAAGACCGAAAUUCAAAAGUACUUCCCUGCCCCCUUUAUUUUCUCUGUACCUCAGCGUAAAAUGUAGACAUUUUGGCCUUUCACAUUUUUAACACGUUGGCGGAGCAGAUGCUGGAACAGUCUGGGGAUGGAAUCGACAGGAACAGUAUGGUAAACUGAAUUUGGGCUGGGUGGGGGUUUACUCAGGCAUUUUUAGAUUUACACUGUCCCGAUGUGGAUGGUAGAUGCUUUAACAUUGCUAGCAUUUUUCUUUUUAGUGAACAGUUUUUGCCUAAAUAAAGGUUUCAUUGGUACAAA